CUCUGUAGUGCCUUGCGGUCAGAGGCUGAGCAAUUGCCAUACCAGCUGUCUGUUCUCUUUUAGUUUUGACGUUGAGUUUUGCCUGACAAAGUGGUGUUAGGAUAUAUAAAUUAUCCCAUACAAGCAUUUGUGCUGAAUGCAUUACAUUGUUACAGGUGUCAAGCUUCUGGGCAUGUGGCAGCAGUAUGUAGGAGGGAGAUUACUAGGUGUGAGAGGUGUGGAGAAGGGCAUGAGACAAAGGAAUGUGUAGCAUAGGGGAAGUAGUGGUAUGUGUCAAUUGCAGGGGUGCCCAUGGGCCUGGGGUUCAGAAAUGUCCGGUGUGAGAGAGGCAGGUUGAGGUUUCCAGGGUUAGAGUAGAGCAGAAGUUGUCAUAUGCCGAGGCAGUGAAGAAAGUAGAGGAAGAUGGGUCAAGCGGGAGGGAUCCUGAGAGAAGUGUUGUGAGUAGUAGAUCUGUACCAGUACAGAGGGAUAGGCCAACAAGUGAUAUAUGCUUCAGUAAGAUUGUAUUUUUAGCAAUUUAUGCAAUGGUUAUCAACUGUACUGCAGGGAUGGAACAUAAGUCACAGAAAAUUGAGGUUUUGGUGGCAGCUGCAGAGGGGUAUUUUGGUGUAUGAGACUUGAAGUCCGAAGAGUUACAAGGUGUGUUGAGUGGUGGUGUCUCGUCCUUUCAGGCAGUUGGCCUGAGGUAGGACUAGGUAGAUUGAAAUAGUGGAGUAGGGUGGUGGGUUUUUAGUGAGUGUAGGGUAUUUGUAAAUUGUAUGUUUUAUUUUCAAGCAAAGUAUGAGGGAGUUAUACUCCAGUCUAGUAGGUGGCGGUAAUGCAACAUCUAUCGGAUGCCAACCGCCGUUAAACCUCAUUGAAGAAGAAGAAGAAGAAGCAGCAGCAGCAGCAGCAUCAGAAGAAGAAGCUAACUUCAAAACAAUACGUUGUGGAGCACACAGGCAGUAGAAAUGGUUCCAUCAAAUCUUGGGGAAGAAAUGUCUACUGAAGUAGCGUUACCACCUGAGUGGGAGGACGAUGAACGGAUGAAUUUCCUGUUCUCUGACUUUAAAGAAAACCGGGAUGUCAGCACAACAGAUUGGGACAGUAAAAUGGAUUUCUGGACAUCACUCAUUCUUAAGAUCUGCAGGAGUCGCGGAACCGUCUGUGUUAAUUUGCAGGAGCUGAACCAGGUUUUUCAGAGAAAAGGAAUUAUGCCUUUGGGUUUGGCUACUGUCAUUCAGUGCAUGGCCAGGUGUGGCAAGAUACAAAGGGAGUCAGAGUUUGCCGCAAAUGUAGACUGUGGGUGGGUGUCUUGGGGUGUUGGCCUGUUGCUGGUGAAGCCUUUAAAAUGGACCUUUUCAACUCUUCUUGGUAGCAGUGGGGUUACUUUGAAGGAGUUGUUUGUUGUUAUCGAACUGGUAAAGGAGAAGGCAGCAGAAUUGCUUGGUGUCUACCGGAGCUCCCCAGUGGCCAACCACUCUCUCCUGUCCUUCCAGGAGCUCCGUACACUGUCGUCCCAUGUCUGUGUUGACGAGAGUACCUUGUGUAUGGCUCUGCUACAGCUGCAGAGGGAGAAGCAGGUGACAGUAUCACUGCAUGGAAGCGAGAAGAUUGUGAAGUUUUCUCAGCCAGGACAGAAUCAUGUGUCUCCUGUCAGUGAUGUAGACCUAGGCAUCUACCAGCUCCAGCGCAGUGAGAGACUGCUUGAAGAGAGGGUGGAGGCAUUGGGACUAGAGGCAGAGAAGUACAAAGAAGAAGCUAGGGUGUUGCUGCGGGAAGGGAAGAAAUCUCAGGCUCUAAGAUGUUUGAGAAGCCGAAAGAGAGUCGAGAAGAAAGCAGACCACUUAUAUGCCCAGCUGGAAAAUGUGAAGGGAAUCCUAGACAAGAUAGCAAACUCACAGACCGACAAACUGGUGAUACAGGCGUAUCAGGCUGGAGUGUCAGCCCUGCGACUCUCUUUGAAGGAUGUGACAGUAGAAGGAGCUGAGAGCCUUGUGGAUCAAAUCCAAGAGUUGUGUGACACUCAGGAUGAAGUGAACCAAAUUCUGGCUGGUGGAGCACUCAACUCAAUGGAUGCAGACACAGACGGGCUGGAGGAUGAGCUAAGAUUUUUAUUGGAGAACUCUAGUCUGGAUGAGCCUUCUACACUCCCUGAAGUACCGUCACACCCUCUUUCACCUGUCAGGGAAUUUGGUUCCCUUUGUGAUGAUCUGCUGAGCGCUUUGCCCUCAGUCCCUCAAACCCACUUCAAUAUCACAGAUGAUGAACUGGACAAAGAGCGUAGUCGCAUAACGCUUGCAGAUACAGGUCUUCAACAAAAAUAUCAUACCUCUCCAGUGAAGAGGGCUGAGCCUGCACAGUGACAACAGUAAUAAAAUAAGUCAGCUGCACUAACGAUCCCUGACCCUCAAAGAGAGUCUGGGCAUGGUGAUCAAAAAUAAUUGCAUGAUAUGUCUUUUGUAACAUAGGUCUGUGAUCACUUUUUUUUAAAGGGGGUAGAUCAGCUUUAAUAUUGCAGAUUGUAGCUUCCAUCAAUGUAAUUGUCAGCAUCACUUCCAAUCUGCCAUAUGUUUUUGAUUUUUUUAAUAUAUAUAUUUUUUUAUAUAGAUAGAUACAUAUACACACACCGUUCAACAGUUUGGGGUCACUUAGAAAUGUCCUUGUUUUUGAAAGCAAAGAAGAAAAAAAAUGUCCAUUUAAAAUAACCUCAAAUUGAUCAGAAAUAUAGUGUAAACAUUGUUAAUGUUGUAAAUGACUAUUGUAGCUGGAAACGGCAGAUUAAAAAAAAUAUAUAUAUGGAAUAUCUAGAGGCCCAUUAUCAGCAACCAUCACGCCUGUGUUCCAAUGGCACGUUGUGUUAGCUAAUCCAAGUUUAUCAUUUUAAAAGGCUUAUUUGAUAAUUAGAAAACCCUUUUGCAAUUAUGUUAGCACAGCUGAAAAAUCUGCGGUUUCCAGCUGUGGUAAUCAUUUACAACAUUAACAAUGUCUACACUGUAUUUCUGAUCAAUUUUGUUAUUUUAAUGGACCAUUUUUUUUUUGCUUUUCUUUCAAAAACAAGGACAUUUCUAAGUGACCCCAAACUGUUGAACGGUAGUGUGUGUGUAUAUAUAUCUCUAUAUCUAUCUUAUAAAAUAUAUAUAUAUAUCUUAUAAAAAAAUAUUUUCCUUUAUUGCUUUCUAACCCUAUCACCCCUCCCCUAAUUGGAGUAAACUAGUGAACAAGAACGCUUAGGCUUCUACUUCCAGCUUAUACAUACUAUAUACAUUUUAUGGACACAGUCUAUUUUCCAAUAGUUACAUUUAAAAAAAAAAAUUUUUACUCAUGGCCUUCCUCAACCUCACCCAUCUAUUUCUGAUGUCCAUCUGGUUUGAUUUCUACUUGCCAUGUCUUUCAAACUGUGCUCUUUCACAAAAGUUCUGAACCUAUGUACAUUUUACAGACAAAGUAUGUUUUACAUUAGUUAUCUCCAUUCAACCCCUCCCAUCUAUCUCUUAACACCACCAUAUUGGAUUUCUAUUUGCCAUGCAUUUUUCAACUGAACUGUUUCACAAAAGUUCAGAACCUUUUUUUCUCAUUGUUUCUACAGAUUGAAAAUAAACAUUUUUGCUAAAAGUA